AUGCCUAACGCAACAUCAAUAGAUAAUUGUGAAAUAGAAUUUAUUUUAUCAACAAAGAACAAGAAAAUUUUACUUUGUAAUGGAUACAGAUAUGUUUUAAAUCAAACAACAAAAAAUAAAAAAUAUUGGCGAUGUGAAGAUAGUGAUAAUUGUGGAGCCUAUGUACAUACAACACUAAAAGACAUUUACUUAAAACACAACAACAUUCAACAUAACCAUCUUGCUGAUCCUGAUGAAGUUAUAAUUAAUAAAUUAAUAUCAAAAAUCCGUUAUCGAGUUAUGAAUGAACAUUUAUCUGCUAGCUUCGUUUAUGAAUUCGAGGUUGCACGUGCCAAGCUCACAGAAAGUCAAUUGGCUAUUAUGCCAGCAUUCAAAAAAAUAAAAUCUAUGUUAUAUAUGGCACGUGCGAGUACCAUUCCACCAAUACCAAAAACAUUUGAAUUUGAUAUACCGAUGUUGUAUCAACUAAAUGCAAAUUCAGAAAAAUAUUUAUUCGCUGAUUGUGACAGUAGAGAUUUUGAUCGUGUUUUAAUGUACUCCUCCAAUCGGCAACUUCAGAUUUUAUUCGAUUCGGAAAUUAUUUUUUGUGAUGGUACAUUUGCCUCUUCACCACCACAAUUCAAACAAAUUUAUACUAUACAUGCUAUUUAUGAAGAGGAAUCGUUUCCUUGUGUUUUUGCAUUAUGUACUCAGAAAAACAAUGAAACAUAUGACGUAAUCAUAACAAAAUUGAAAUCAGCUGCUAAACAAAUGAAAAAAACUUUUACACCAUCUUUGAUUAUGUCUGAUUAUGAAAGUGGAUUUAUGGAAGUGGUGAAAAAAGUUUAUUCAAAUGAUAACACCCGACACGUCGGGUGUUAUUUUCAUACGUCUCAAGCUAUAUAUAGGAAAGUACAAGAAAUAGGUUUACAAGUACCGUAUAAUUCAACAGUUUGGGUGAGAAAUAUUGUGAGAUCUCUUAUGGCCUUGCCAUUAUUGUAUCGACACUUGGUAAAUGAUCAAUUUGAUCAUAUAGUUAAUCUUGUUGGUGAACGUUUAAAACAAGCAAAGAAGCUCAAACGGACAACUAGUGAAUCAGAUCAAUGUGACGCAGCUCUUGAAGAAAUUAGAUUAUGUGAAAUUUUACUGAUUUUAUUGAAUUAUUUCGAACGAUAUUGGAUUAAUACAAUUACUCCGGCAAUGUUUUGUGUUCAAGGCCUUCAAUAUCGUACAAAUAAUUUAGCAGAAGGCUUUCACAAUCGAUUUUCUCGUAGAUUAAAUGAAAUUCAUGCCAAUGUUUGGAAAGUAAUAGCUACAUUUAUUGAUGAAGAAUAUCAUGCAUAUCAAAAAAUGCUGUUAAUACGUACAGGUGCUCACAAGAAAGCUAAUGCUACAGCUCUACAAAUUGCUUAUCAAGAGCGUAUAAAUAAAUUAUAUGUUCUGUAUGAAAAAAAAAAAAUUAAUGCUACUGAAUUAUUAGAAGCUCACGACGUUGAAGGUACUCCAUCAUCGUAUGGUAAAGUCUAUUAUGCUGAACGUCGAAAUGAUGGUAUUCAUCUGAUAACAACAAUUAAGAAAGGACAAAAGGCCGCUGCUGGUGUAUUAACUGUUGAAGUUCUAGAUAAAGAAAAUAUUACAGCCGAAGCUGAUAAACAAAAUGAAGAUGAUAUGCAAAACAUAACAACAACUUCUGAACUUAUAUCAUGUGAUGAGCAAUCACCAAGCAAAACUAUUUUGACGAGUUCUGUAGUGGAUAAUGAUGAUAAUGAUUUUGAACAAUCGAUAGUUUCAUCAGAUGCUAUGGCAAAGAUUCAAAAUAUCGAAUUAUCUUCUCAAUCUACAAAUCAAAAAAAAAUCCAAAAACAAAUUGGUGGUGAAAUUAAAAUUCGAAAUCGUUUAAUUUCACAAUUAGCAAUAUGGAAUGGUUUCGCACCGAGUAAUACAAAAAGACGUGCAAGUACGACAAAAUUUACAACUACAAUCGGACAUAAACGUACAAAAAAAAACUAA